UCCUUUUACGCCAUCGAGUUGUAUAAACAUUAAUUCUCCUAAAUCAUGCAAAUCGCCAGCACACCUGUCAUUUUGGCAGUUCUUUUGAUUGCGUUGAUUCGGUUGUGCAAUGCGGAGACGGGCAGAGCUCACCUGGCUGGAAAUUCGCCCGUCAAAGGUGUUCUCAACUUCACCGAGUGCUCGGGUGAGUUGAGGAUUGUCGGUGAGAUCACGGGAUUGACGCCGGGCCAGCACGGCUUUCACGUUCACGAAUUCGGCGACAUCUUCAGCAACGGGUGCGACUCGACUGGCAAACAUUUCAACCCGACCAAGGCGCUUCACGGCGCUCCCGGAGACGCUCCUAACCGCCGUCACGCCGGCGAUUACGGCAACAUUUUGGCCGAUGCUUCGGGAGUGGCUAAGGUUGACAUGGUGGACAAGAUGACGGCGCUGAGCGGGCCGAAUUCCAUCAUCGGACGGGCCAUGGUCGUUCACGCCAACGAAGACGAUCUCGGCCGCCAAGACAACGAAGGCAGCCGGACGACGGGCAAUUCCGGGCCCCGCAUCGCUUGCGGCAUCAUCUUCAUCGCCCCCUGAUCUGAUCUUCCCAAUUAUAUUUUUUUAUUACAAGAGGUCUUUCACAUUCGUCUGUUAACAUUGGAACAAUUGAUCCCCUUUAUUUCCUUAUUCCUUAUUAGCUCAAACAUUUUUUUAAGACUUACCAAGGUAUUAAGAACAAUCGGUUUGAAGAUCCGAUAGAUAUUAGAAAAUUAGUGUCCUUUCUUUCAAUGUGUUGGCUAAAAAUCUACUCUUUUGAUCAAUGAACAUUAUUCGCUGUUGCAUUUGGCAUUGAAUACAAAUUUCAUCUUUAUAA